CUUGUCUGAGAGCUCAGUGCUCGGCUGCUCACCUGAUGAGAAUGGAGGCAGUGUCCAACCUUGUCAAUAACGUAUCCAAUCUAGUCGCCAACGUGUCUAACUUCAGCCAACCUUUCGAUGAAAACCGAGAAGAGCGAUCGAGCGUGGUGAUUGGAGGCAAUGAAGCCAUGCUCAUCGAAUUCAACGCCGCCUUGUUAGCCGAUUUUCGGCAUGUGGAACGAACGCUUUUUGCCCUCCAACGUAACCUCGAUGAUUUCUACUUCGUCACGCUCACUGCCAUCACAUUCGCCAUGCAAUGCGGUUUCGCGUUCAUGGAAGUCGGCCUCGUCAGGACGAAGAAUACCACCAACAUUCUGCUGAAGAGCACUAUCGACGCCUUCGUUGGUUGUUUGUCUUAUUGGCUGUUUGGCUACGCCAUUGCGUGGAGCCAAGGAAAUUCAUUUGUUGGAUGGCAUCACUGGGCAUUUGCCAAUUUACCGCCUGAAAAGUAUUCCGAAGCUUUUUAUCAAAUGAUAUUUACCAACACUGCCGCCACGAUAGUCAGUGGAGCUGUCGCUGAGCGUCUCAAUUUGCCGUGCUACUUUGUUUAUGGCACUUUACUUUCAGGAUUUGCUUACCCCGCUUUGAGCCGAUGGGGCUGGUACGAUGGCGGAUGGCUUAAAGAGAUGGGAUUUCGUGAUUUUGGAGGCUCUGGAUUGGUUCACAUGUUUUCCGGAGCUUGUGCUUUUGUUGCUGCCACUAUCAUAGGCCCGAGAGCCGGUCGCUUCGAUCCGCCCAGGGAGGGAGAAGCGCCUCACGGCCAGCACAUUCCCGGCCAUUCUCUGCCGUUCGUGGGUCUCGGGGCUUUGCUGCUCAUAUUUGGUUUCCUCGGCUUCAACGCAGCGUCGCAAUUGUCUUUGAGUAAACCUGGAGAUGGAAUCGUCGUCACUUACGCCACUUUAAAUACUUUGUUAGGUGCCAGCGGCGGUGCCUUAACAGCACUCUUUCUCAACCGCUUUUUGCCGUUCUGGGGAAAUUAUUGGAGCUAUUUGACGAUGGUCAACGGCGCUGUCGCUGGAAUGGCGGCCAUUUGCGCCGGCUGCGACUCACUUCCGUCAUGGGCAGCUGUUCUCAUUGGAAUCCUAGGAGGCAUAGCGUUUAUCGUUGGCCGCCAACUUCUGGAAAAACUUGAAGUGGAUGAUCCUGUCGAUGGGUUCGCUAUUCACUUUUGCGGUGGCUUGGCCGGAUUGCUUUCGGCUCCGUUCCUCAUCCGAGAAGGCAUUCUGUUCAAGGGCGAUGCAAUCUCAGCAGUGGGGUUCGGUUGUAACUUGUUGGGCGCAGUGGUGAUCAUUUGCUGGGCGGUCAUUUGGUGUUUACCCAUGUUCGCUAUUCUCAGAUGGGUUGGCGUUCUGCGCAUUCCGCUCGAAAUGGAAUUGGCCGGCAUGGACGCUGCCAAACACAAUGAAUUGGCUUAUCCAAUGUCUGCUUGGCAAGAGAAUCAACACGGCUUCGAUAACAAAAUUCUCGGCCACAACUGGAUGCCUCCUGAUGCUAAAAUGCACACGCCGCUCCACGCCAAUCUAACCAUCAGGCGACGGGAUUCGCACGUGAUUGAUUCAACCGCAUCUUGUCCUUCGACCAACUCGGAGCCGGCCUUAUUGCGCUCCGUCAGCACUUUAAAUCUGGGCGAAGUGAAUCCUGCUUUGGACGUUUCAGUGCCCGCUUUGACCAGGAAACGGUCGACAGCUCUUUAAAACUAUUUUUAAAGAAAUAUUUUAUAUCAAAUCACGUCAGAACUUUGAAAAAAUGUGAAUAUCUUCAUACCAACGGUGACACGUCGGUGCUUUUUGCACUGCCAAUAUCAGCUAUCAAAUAAUUUAAGAGAACUUAGUAGCCAUACCCCUCUAUUUUUAAAUAAUAUAUUUAUUUUAAUUUUCGUCUAAAAGUCAACAUGAGAAUAAACUGGACACUAUUUUAA